AUGUUAUUUUGCCUUUUUUCCUGUUUAUCUGUUUUAUGCGCACUUACGGCAUCUCCGGCGCCCUCAGUCUGUUCCGAUAUUAACGACAUUUUAGCAAAAUCAGCAAAAGCUAAUGACCUUCCACAGCCUGCUUGUGAAUGUUUUUCUGGCUAUAAGUCGUCGCCUGGUAAUGAAGGAGAUAACAAUGUUGAUUCAUGGGUUGGUUGUGCGAGACAAAAAAUGCCUCAUGUAUUUAACGCCUUGAAAGCACUUAAUGGGACGGUCAUUUCAAAAUUGUGGAUUUGGGAUUCACUUAUAAAUAUCAUUCCAGCCGGCAUGUUUUCACAGAUAAGACCCAAGAGAUUGUCUAUACAGCGUUCUGGACUGUCAAUGUUUCGUCAUAAUGCUUUUAGCGAUAUCGGACCUUAUUUGGAGGUUUUACAGUUACGGCAUAAUUUGCUCAAAGAUAUAGAUCCCUCUGUUUUUCGACAGUUAAAUCAACUCGUGCUUCUUGAUCUUGCGGAAAAUAAAAUCAGGCAGCUGGAGUCCUUUACAGAAUUAAGAACACUUGUAAUUAGUGAAAAUCACUUGAACAAAAUAGAAGAUCGAGCUUUCCAAAAUAUGAAUAAACUGAGGGUUUUGAACUUGGCUAAUAAUCAGUUGUCCAAUUUAACAAAGGAUACUUUCUAUGGUCUUAGCAGCCUUGAAGAGUUGUAUUUGCGAAAUAACAAUCUUGUUAGCCUCGAUCCGAGAGUGUUCUCACAUCUGGAAAAUUUGAAAAUUUUAGAUUUAGGAAAUAACCAGUUGAGUGGCGUGAAAUUGUUUGGUCUAAAAAAUUUGGAAAGAUUGAUCUUAAUUAAUAACAGCAUCGGGUCUAUGAAAGAUGUUAUUCUGGAAGAUCUUUUUAACCUUCGAGUACUUAGUCUCAGUCGGAAUAUGAUUACUCAUAUCAAAGACAACGAUUUGGCCUCUCUGGGCGGCUGCAAGAGGCUUGAUUCCUUGUCGUUGGUUUUCAAUAGGUUAAAAAGCAUUGAGCCAAGUGCGUUUGAACCAACGAGUGAUUUAAAGGUUUUGUCGUUGCAAAAUAAUGAGCUCACUUCCUUGUCUUCGGAAUUUGGCGAAGGAAGUGUUUCUUUCUUACGCCAUCUUUCAAAGCUCAAGCAACUCUAUUUGAGCUAUAACAGCUUAACUGAGAUAAAAGACGGUGACUUUGAAAAUCUGCAUUCACUUAAAGUGCUCGAAUUGGAUGGCAACCAAAUUAUCAAAGUUGGCCGGGAAGCGCUGAGAAAUCUGCCUCUGACCUACCUUUAUAUGGCUAACAAUCGUUUAAGUUAUCUGCCGAAGGGCGUAUUUGAUGACGCUGUUAGUAGCAUUGAAGCAGUUGACUUAUCAGGUAACCCCUGGCAGUGCACGUCUUCCGAAGAGGAAUGGCUUCCUCAGUGGCUUGAGGAGAUGGGAGAGCGCGUUCUACACCGUACAUUUAUGGGUUGCAUGAGGCCGAAAGAAAACACCGAGGUUUAUAGUCCCAUUGUGGCCAUAUUGGCGAGCGUAUUAGCAGUUAUUUCGAUCCUGAUCCUCUUUGCUAUUGCGUUUCUGUACUUUGAAGAUGGAAGGCGUAUGAAACGUGCUCCGUCAGAUCUUUUAAAUUUAAUUUCGAAUACCGACGAAAUUAAACAACCACUAUGCGAUACUGAAAAUCAAAUAAAAGCCCCGGCCACUGGAUCCGGGAAGAAACGGGUUAGAUUUGAUGGCGUUUAG